CAUCAGCGCUCUUGCGUCACAGAGCGACCAGACGUCGCCGCGUCAUCACGUCGCGACAGCCUGCUAGCUACGCAGUUGUUUGUUUGAUCGGAUUUGUUGUACUUUUCCUCCGCGGUUGAGUUGAUAAAACUCAGUUUAAAGACUUCACCUGUGGAGCCGUAGGGACCCGGAUCAGGACCCGCACUAGACCAAGACUAGACCAGGACUAGACCUGAGCCCGGCUGCGCGUCGCGCGCUGUGUGUUCGGAGAUCUUUGAGGAGAAUGCUAAGUGUUAGCCGCAGUUAGCUCAGAUUAGCUCGGUGUGCGUUCGAUCCUUCGUCUCUGAUAUGGAGUAUCCCGGAGGAGGGGGGGCGGUGCUGGGCGGCGGGAACGUCCCGGCCUUCCUCACCAAGCUGUGGACCCUGGUGGAGGACCCGGAUACUGACCCGCUCAUCUGCUGGAGCCCGAGUGGAUCCAGCUUCCACGUGUUCGACCAGGGUCGCUUCUCUAAAGAGGUUCUACCAAAGUUCUUCAAACACAACAACAUGGCCAGCUUCAUCAGACAGCUCAACAUGUAUGGGUUCAGGAAGGUGGUCCACAUUGAGCAGGGGGGUCUGGUGAAACCGGAGAAAGACGACACAGAGUUCCAACAUCCGUUCUUCAUCAGAGGACAAGAAGCUCUGCUGGAGAACAUCAAACGCAAGGUCACCAACGUGCCGUCUGUGCGUCAGGACGAAGCCAAGAUGUCUGCCGACGACGUGCACAAGAUCCUGACGGACGUGCAGCUGAUCAAAGGCAAACAGGAGACCAUCGACUCCAGGAUCAUCUCCAUGAAACAUGAGAACGAGGCUCUGUGGAGAGAGGUGGCCAGUCUGAGACAGAAACACCUUCAGCAACAGAAAGUCGUCAACAAGCUGAUCCAGUUCCUGGUGUCUCUCGUCCAGUCCAACAGGAUCAUGGGAGUCAAGAGGAAAAUUCCUCUGAUGCUGAAUGACUCUAGCUCCGCCCACUCCAUGCCUAAAUACAGCCGCCAGUUCUCAUUGGAGCACAUGCAGGCUGCAGCCAGUCUGCUCUCAGCCGACUCUCUGGUGACCUCUGGACCAAUCGUCUCUGACAUCACAGAUGUGGUCACGCCCACAGCGGAGAGCGUGAUCAGUGAUUGGAUGGAUGCAGGAGACAGCCAAUCGGUGCAGGUGAAAGAGGAGCCGCUCAGCCCUGACGUGGAGCUGUGUCCUGUCCUGGAGGGGGGGGACACACCUGUAGACACGACUCUGUGUCCUGUCCUGGAGGGGGGGGACACACCUGUAGACACACCCCUCUCCCCCACCACCUUUAUCAACUCCAUCCUGCAGGACAACGAGACCCAGACGACACUCAACAGCUCCGGCACAGAGCCUGCAACAGUCAGUCCCAUUAUUGUGAUGAGCCCUACCUCUGCGAGGCCCCUCCCAACAGCCACAACCAGCCAAUCACCUGCCUCCGUUCCCACCCCGAACUCUGCGCCCUGCCCCAGCAACCUUCAGCAGAGUUGUCAGACAGUCGCCUGCAUCGACAGGUAA